CUCUCUCUCUCACACACACACACACACACACAGACACACACACACAGACUAUUCUACAGACCUCCGCCCCUGUAGCCAUGCCGCCGAAACACGGGCAACACUUCGGCUUUUACCCCGAAAACCAUUAGAGACUUAGCGGACACCGCAGCGGCACUUCCGCAGUCCAGGCUGUAGCUGUUAGCUAGCGUGUAUGGGAGUGAACUGGAGAAAAGCGAGGAGCUGAGGAGGAGUUUAUGGGAAAUAUGGGAAUGAAGCACCAGAGGAGAUAAAGUCAAGGUCUGAAUUGUCCAGCGGCACUCAGAUAGAGGAGCCAUGAGUGAAGGGGACGGACAUUUUUACAGCGUGCAGGUGGGGGACUCCACCUUCACAGUGCUGCGGCGGUACCAGCAGCUCCGCGCUAUCGGCUCCGGGGCGCAGGGCAUCGUCUGCUCUGCUCUGGACACCGUCUUGGGCAUCCCUGUAGCUGUAAAAAAGCUCAGCCGGCCUUUUCAGAACCAGACCCACGCCAAGCGAGCCUACAGAGAACUGGUGCUGCUCAAAUGCGUCAAUCACAAGAAUAUCAUUUGUUUACUCAACGUCUUCACACCUCAGAAGUCCUUGGAGGAGUUUCAGGAUUUGUAUCUGGUGAUGGAGCUGAUGGAUGCCAGCCUGUGUCAGGUGAUCCACAUGGACCUGGACCAUGAGAGGAUGUCCUACUUGCUUUACCAAAUCCUGUGUGGCAUCAGACACCUGCAUUCUGCUGGUAUCAUCCACAGGGACCUGAAACCAAGUAAUAUAGUGGUGAAAUCAGACUGCACUUUAAAAAUCUUAGACUUUGGCCUGGCCAGGACCGCCUGCACCAACUUCAUGAUGACCCCAUACGUGGUGACCAGAUACUACAGAGCGCCGGAGGUCAUUUUAGGCAUGAAGUAUAAGGAGAACGUGGAUAUUUGGUCAGUGGGCUGCAUCAUGGGGGAGAUGGUGAAAGGCAGUGUUAUAUUCCAAGGCACUGAUCACAUUGACCAGUGGAAUAAGGUUAUCGAGGUGCUGGGAACUCCUUCUCUAGAGUUCAUGAACCGUUUGAUGGAGACAGUGAGGAACUAUGUGAUGAAUAAGCCACAUUUCCCUGGAGUCAGCUUCAGCGAGCUCUUCCCAGACUGGGCUUUCCCAUCAGAGACCGAGCACGACAAACUUAAGACUAGUCAAGCUCGGGACCUGUUGUCAAAAAUGCUGGUAAUCGAUCCAGAGUCUCGCAUCUCUGUCCAGGAAGCCCUGAAUCAUCCCUACAUCCAUGUGUGGUACGACCCAGCUGAGGCUGAUGCGCCCCCGCCUCAAAUCUCAGAUAAACAGUUGGAGGAGAGGGAACACAGCAUAGAACAAUGGAAAGAGCUGAUUUAUAAAGAGGUGAUGGACUGGGAAGAAAGGAACAAAAAUGGUGUCCUAAAGGAGGAGUGCUUUGUAGAUGGUUUGAACAGCAGUGCUACAGCCUCUCAGUCCUCGUCAAUUAAUGACAUCUCGUCUAUGUCCACCGAGCAGACGCUGGCCUCAGACACGGAUAGUUCCUGCAUAGACACCAUCGCUGGGGGAUUAGAGGAGUGACUGCUGUGAGAGCCUCCAUAGCGCUCUCUCUCUCUCUCUCUCUCUCUCUCUCUCUCUCUCUCUCUCUCUCUCUCUCUCUCUGUGUCUGUGUCUGUGUGUCUGUUUCUCUCUCUCUCUCUCUCUCUCUCUCUCUCUCUCUCUCUCUCUCUCCCCUUCUCUUCCUCCGCCACACAUUUUUCCAGAUGGCAGUGUGGGCCCUGACUUGUUCAAGACAGACAUGCUGUGACUCUCUGGGGCUCUUCUUGCACAGAAUCAUUUUCACCUAGUUUCUUUGCAUUCAACUACGUUCCAUAGCCUAACCGUUUGAGAAGUAAGGCUAAGUACAUAUUUUAGAGCAGGAACUAAAAUGGUCCCUGUAGCUGUGGCCAAUUUGGUCUGAUUUCUUUCAUGGAAAUGUGCCUAAAGAUUUUGGAGUUCCUUCAAAGGUUCCUGCAGUGGAAUUAUUCUAAUUAGUUAGGUGGCACAUAGUUGGAAAAGCAGAUUCUAAAUUUACCUUUCAUGUUAAAAUGACCUGUUAGCUUAUUGUUCACAUGUAGGCAUGUCUAAACACAGUUUACCUUUGAUCCCUAUUUCAGUUUAAUUUCCUGCUAAUGGAUUAGACGAAACUAUAAUGAACUUUUGCUUGAAUUAUAACUAUGUUCAAGUUCAUGGUACUUUCCUUAGUCACUACCCUCCCCUCUCUUCCUACGUUUCUUUCUCUCUCCAUUCCACGUAGCUGAUAUUAUCUUUCCUAUUCUCACUCAAGAAGCACCGACACUCCUGAAACAAGCUAAUCAAUAGCCAGUUCUGUCUUCUGGAAAUGUUCAAGUUCUCAAUGCUCUGUGUUAAAGUAUUGCAUGCCACUCAUCUUUAAGAAAGUAUAUGUUUACAGGCCCCCUGAUUAUGCCUGAAUACGCUUACGAAAUGUUAAUGCCUGCCUCUGUAUAUAGACAUGAUACAACCAUGUUUUCAAUCAGAGAACUUGAUAAUGCAUCUCACUCAUAUAGGGUGUAGCCAUGUAUAUACGUAUAUAGAUUAAGUGUACCUUUUUGUCUGUGUUGUGAAAGCCCGAUUUUACAGCUUCUCUAAAUAUGGUUUAGCAAAAGUACUGUAUGCCAUACACUUUAUUUUGAACCAGUUGUCUAUUGUUGGGAAUUGGAUUUGUUGCAGAUGAAAGAAAAAGCUGCACAGAGUAAGCAGCGGUCAAUGUCAGGGUUCGUACAAGGUGCUUGAAGUGCUUGAAUUUGACUUUUUGUAAUGUAACUACUGAAACUUUGAAAAUCUCCUUUUUUUUUUUAGUCUAGUGGUGCUUAAAAAGUGCUUGUAUUCUAAAAAGUCAAUGAUUACAAAAUUGCUAAAUAACUUUUAAAUGUUUAUUUUAACUUUAAAAUGUUUAUUUUUGAUAGAACACAAAUACAAUCCUUUCAUUCUAUAUAUGACUCCCUGCUGCAGCCCCUCCCCCUCCUCUCCUAUCACUGUUCACUCACUCAUUUGAACAGAAACAGCCAACUUUCCAGGCUCCUUUAGUGGCUUUUUUUUCUGCCAAAAAAAAAGCACCUAGUGACAAUUCUAGCGACAUUUUAGACCAAUCUUAACUACUUCCCAUAGAAGAGAGUGGCCAGUACUGCCCCGUGCGUGAGCAAGAGGUCCUGUUCCCCCCUGCAGGUACACCUCUCUCUACAGCUACUCUGUUCAGUGAGGGGCAGAGAGAGAGGAGCACAUUCGGUAUGAGAGAAAGAAUAAGAAAGACAUUGUGUCGCAUUUUACAUUUUGCCUGUAAAUAUAGCCAAAAUCACAGCACACAUGUGUACGGUGAUUUUGUCAGACAACGUCGCAGUUAUAAAUCAGGAUUUUAGCAGAGAAGCAGCUUGGAAGUGAUUGCUGGUUAACAUGUAGUCUCUUAAUGCGCUGUGUUUCAGUCACUAUUUCAUAGUUGUUCCGUUGUCUGACAACAGAAAUACAAAAAUAUGUAAAUGAGAACAGCUUUAUUGGGAAUUCGGCUGUAUUAAAGUACAGAACGUGAGCACGGAGAGUAGGAGAGAAGUAAACAGAUGUGAAGGCUGACACUAGGCAGAAUGCAAAUAUGUGAAGACGUAAUGAAUAUGCUAAUUAGCUCAUGACAUCAUCCAGCAACAUUUAGCGACUUUCCAUUGAAAGUUGUUGGAACAGUGAUCCUGUCACUCACCUGGACUGUGUUGACGUUCUGCUGAAGACGCAGCAAUGUCUGGGAAAUGCAAAUUUAGUCCAGUGUGGCUGGAAAAGGCACCAUAUAAAAAUUGGUUGUGUUUUAUUAUUACAAUAUAUGAGAAUAUGUUUGAAGGAAAUCUCUUGUAUAGUCCUUGAAAACAAAACAAAAAUAGUCCUUGAAAGUCCUGGAAUUUCAUUCUGAAGCAUCUGUACGAACCCUGUCGUGUGUACGUAUUGAUGAGGAACGAUAAAACUGUGGAAGCAGCGCACAAAUUUUCCUUUCCGUAUCAUUCCAAAAAACAAUUCUGCAUAACCAGCGCCGUUCGUAAGUCAUUUGUGAGAAUUGUACAUGAGCUCAAAAUAGAUGAUUUGCAUUUUAAAAAAAUUUCAUAACCAUAAGGAUGUUUUGCAAAUCAAAUUUGUAUUUUUUUUUUAUUUUUUUUUAUUUAUUUUAUUUUUUUUUAAAAACACUUAUUGAAGACCAAUGCCCUCUUACCCUUUUACGGAAAGAAAAUUAGCUUUAUUUUAUACUCAACUCUUCCGAGAGAGAUUAUAUGGUUCCCCUGUGUAUGCAUUCUACAUUUUCACUGCAUUUAGUAGUUGGCAUGCUGUGGCUGAGCACAGCAAGUAGCAUUGUACUAUAAAUCUCUUGUCCUGUUAACACAGUAGCAUGAGCAGUCCAUUGUUACUCCUCUAUCCAGUUUUUCUUUUUCUUUUUUGCCCUGGGAAAGGAACCAUCACUUAACAUUGUCUGUGCUGAGACUUGAAAACAAAAGAACAAAGUAUAAAAUUCCGGUGUAUAAUCUAGCUAUUGUUUUAAAGAAAUGCAUGAAAGCCGUUGUUCAGUGCAAAUCUUACUUGUACCAGGGAAUGUUUCUUCUAAAGGUGUCGUUGAAGAUCAUUUCCUCAGUUAUAUAAACCACUCUAAGCCUCAUUAUUGACUCACCUGGAGGUGAACAUAGCUGGCUUCAUCUUCAUGCGGUGUGUAUGCACCUCAGGCUUCUUGUGAUGGACUUUCAAAACGAACCAUCAUUGAGCGAUGCACACAGAAGUGCAGCCUCAGUAUCACGAACAAUCCUCAUGCCUUAAUAUCCUCGCCAUUUCUUUUCCAGUCUGGUCUGACAAUUAAGAAGCUUUAUGUGGAUGGACAGAAUGAUUGAAGACAUUAUCUGUCACCAGGCAGCAUUAUUUGCUUUUGCACAAUAGCUUUCAUACACAUUCAUACACAUUUCUAUAAAAUUGCUGUAAAGUAGCAUCAAUACAAGAUGCAGGUGUGUGUGUGUAUGUGUGUAACCUCACCUGGUUCUUCUUUUCAUAAUAGUAGCACGGUAAUAAUGUAUUACGAUACAUUAUGUAUUGCAAUAGUGCACUGUUGGUGUUUUUUUUCCCCCCCUCUAAACGUUCGCAAUUUUGUUAAUGAACAUGAAUUCUGUAAGCACUUGAACAAAAGUGAGCUUUGUGGUAUUAAAUCCCAGUGCAAGCUGGCAAUUGACUCUCUUAAGGGCUUACCGGUGUUUCAGAAGGUGUGUCUGUGACAUUUUUGUCACUUUGACAAUCUGUAUGGCUAAACCAACACUUUUACCCAACACUUUUACCCAACACUUUUAAUUAUUUUUUAAUUUUCUUUUUUAAACCAUAAUUUCAUCACUCAAAAACAUUUCUGGAAAAACCUAUGAAAUAUCCUAACUGCUAUGUAUGAAUAAUACUCUUACCGCUUCUUUGUGGUUUCUAUUGUAGUGUCGCGUAUGGAUGUGCUCUUUGUGGGUUGCUGAAAUG